AUGGAGGUGUCUGGUGGUGUUGAAGAAGGUUUUGUGAGAGAGUGGACACCUUGUUCGCAUAUUUUGAACUUGAUUCCACCUCGUAUACAGAACGGGUUAUUUUCCAACGAAUUGUGUUUAACCUGUGUAGAUUCUGUUAGUGAAUAUAUUGCUCUCGGAACCAAUGUAGGUUUGGUAUACUGGUAUGAUAGAAAAAAAGGAAACAUUCAAAGAUUAAGAUGUGAGGCAGCAACAAGUCCUAUAACAUUUGUGAAGAUAGUCAGCACUGUAGAUUACAUGGUGGGUGCUGGCAAUGCUGCCGGUCAAGUCACUGUAUUCCAAAUCCCAAAGGAACACCCAGAGAAUGUGCCAGACACCUUCAAACCCAAAGUGGAGCCUAAAGUAGAGAGGUAUACGAUAGGAGACCUUCACAAAACCAUGAUCACCGCCAUAGAAUGGUCGAAGAACGGUAUGAAACUCUUCUCCGGUGAUAAGAACGGCGUCAUCAUCAUGACGGAGAUUGACUUUUAUAUGCACCUGUGCAAAUCAAUGGAGAUAGUGAACGAGGACCACGAGAUAGUCCAGAUGAGUUACCACCAGAACACGCUGCUGGUGUCGAGCGUGUACCGCAGUAUCGUGUGCGAGAGGCGAGACUCGCGCUGGCACGUCACCCAGAUCGGCAAGAAGGAGAGGAAGACUCUGUGUCCGCUGGGCGCGGUGUUCCAGUACUCGUACGCGUGCGGCGGCGCCGCGCAGGUGUACUGCGCCCGCCCCGGCCUCAGGCUGUGGCGCGCCGACAGGCAGGGGAACGUGCUGCAGACGUUACUCUUCAAGGAGGCGGUGAGCAACCCGCUGACGGUGGCGGAGCUGCUGAACCCCGCGACGCGCGGGCGGGGGCGGGGGAAGGAGGACGAGCCGGAGCCGGAGCGCAGCUUCAGCCGCGUGCUGGUGUUCCGCGACCAGUUCCUCGUCACGCACGACCAGCGCGCGCUCUACGUGCUCGACCCGCGCGCCCACACCGCCGUCUGCGUGGUCGACACGCUGCGCAGGGUGGUAUCGUUGUCCGUGAGCAAGGACGAGAUCUUCGUGCUGGAGGGCCCGCGCUCGCUGGUGCGCCUCGCGGCCGCGCCCGACCCGCGCGCCCCGCCAGAUGAACCGGUAAACAUGAUGAGCAAGUCGCUGACUUCGUCGCUGCAACACGCAGUCAGCACCGUCCGAGAGCUGACGCACCUACACCAGACGAUGCCCUACUUGGGCAGCGUACUGGAGCACCCUCUAGCGUUACUCACUAAAAACGAACUCCUCGACACGACAGUCGCGAGCGCAGAAGAAUGCUUCGAAUUACCGCCUAUAAAACACCUUCCGGACGACUUAUCGGAAAACGUGCUGGAAUCGAUCAUAAAUGAAUUCAAGGACGUGUCCGGGGACGCCGAAGAGUAUAGGAGGGCUAAGUCUGAGGAGUUGCAAAGGAAGUUGAGGUUGUACAACAGUAUAAUGGAGAAGAAGUGCGACGAGGAACUGAUACACAGCAGACGCAGUAGACGGAGGGAGGGGGGGUCGGGGGCGAGCACCCCGCGCGUCGCCACGCCCGCCCGGAGACCCGACCACAGCGUCAGCUACACCAGCCCUUGUCUGAUGAGCGUCAGUGUACAUGGAGAUGACCCUCAAAAUGAUGCCAUUUUAGAGAAACAAAUCGAGGAGAAAGAGAAGAUUCUAGCCAAAAUGUUGAACCUCGAGUCUUUGAGCAUCGCCGCCCCCAAGAACGAGGUAUCCAAGUAUUCUGAAAUCACACCCGCAUACAAGCGGAUUGAGAUCACUCCCCUUAUAGAGCCCGAGCCGAUCAAAGUACCAGAACCAAUUAAAAAAUCAACAACAGUAAACACGAAACGAGACGCUAAGACGACAGAUUUAGUUCCUAAAAUCGUGCAAUUACCCAACAACUGGAAUUUAGGUGACAUAGAAUUGAAAUUAGAAAUGCGGUCGAACGGUGUAAUAGACCCUAGAAGUGCAUCACCGGACGAUCACAUAGAGAGUGAUUGGGAGAUAAUCUGA